ACACAGAUUUUGAUGUAGGGGUGGUGGGGGCUGUAUGGAGGAAACUAUUGUGAGAGCUCAGAAAAUUGAGGGGGGGGGGUGGGUUAGCAUGAGGGAUGAGAGAGGGAGAGAGGGACACAUCUGUUCAGAUUGAGUGCGAGUCAGAGAAGAGAGAGUGCAAGAGAUCAGUGAAAGAAGGACAUAAAAGUCAGGGAAGAAGAGCUGAGCGUUUUACCAGUAGUGCCAAAACGUCUCGAGAAGCACUGGUCCUGUCACAACUUAUCUACACUCCUCACGUCAACCCGACCAUGAAGGACGGAUGACACUUCGGAGACCCGGAGCCCUCGCCUGGAUGAACUGACCUAAAGCGAUAAAUGUUCCCUCCAAUUUUGUUUUGCGAGUUUCAUUGGAAUAUGCGAGCGCCAGCGGGAUGAAGGCAGCAGCGUGGAGUUUUCUCCUGCUGUGCGCGUGCACGCAAACCAUGUCCGUGGCCGAGAUCCAGGGCUCGACAGUUGCCCUAACGGACACAACAGCAUCCACCUCCUCUGCUCCUGUUACCCCCACUGACGACCAAAGCACUGGACUGGUGGAUUGGCUGACCAGGUAUGGCUAUCUCCCGCCCUCAGACCCCUCUACUGGACAGCUACAGGCCUGGACAGCUGUCACUCAUGCUGUUAGAGCCAUGCAGAGGUUUGCAGGCCUCGAGGAUACAGGAGUUGCAGAUGAGGAGACACUGGCUCUGAUGCAAGCCCCACGAUGUUCACUGCCAGAUGAAGGGGAGGAGCCAAAACCACUGGCCAAUCAGCUCCAGGAGGGGCAGAGCCUGAGGAGAAAGAGGGCUGUGACCACAUGGACACGAAGAAACAUCAACUGGAGGUUGCGUUCAUACCCCACCUCCUCCCCCCUCUCCCGUGAGACAAUUCGCUCCCUGGUGUUUUACGCCCUGAGGGUGUGGGCGGACCCAACCCCACUGGAGUUCCACGAGGUGGGAGGCUCAGAAGGGGCAGACAUGCAGGUGGACUUCCUCCACGGUUUCCAUGGUGACAGAUACCCCUUCGAUGGGGCAGGGGGAGCUGUUGGCCACGCCUUUUUCCCCUCUGACCCUGCUAGAGCAGGCGGAGUACACCUGGAUGCUGAGGAGGAGUGGGCGUUCCGCCAGCCAGCUUCUGAGGGUACUGACCUGUUCACGGUCCUGGUGCAUGAGUUUGGCCAUGCCCUGGGUUUGUCCCACUCGUCUGCCAGGCGCUCUGUGAUGAGACCCUACUACCAGAGCCCCGUAGGAGAUCCUCUACACUACCGCCUGGGCCACCACGACCUGGAGCACAUCACCAGGCUCUACGGUAAUAGAAAUCGUCUCAUGGUCACAGACGUUCCCCGGUUGGCGCCUGAACCUCAGCUGCGGCAUCACGACAGGCACGGACACAGACACAGACAUUCUGUAGACCGCUGUAACACUAGCUUUGAUGCAGUGGCUAACAUUAGGGGAGAGAUGUUCUUCUUUAAAGGGCUGAGUAUGUGGCGGGUCAGUACUGGGGGGCUGGUGUCGGGCCGGGGGGCCUCGGUGAGGAGGCUGUGGGGGGGUCUGCCCCCUAACCUGCCCCCUCUGCAGGCUGUGUUGGAGAGACACUUGGACCACGCCAUCAUCUUCAUCACUGAAUCCCAGUUUUGGCUGUUCAAUGACCUCUCUCUCCAGGAGGGCUACCCCCGCCCCCUCUCAGAACUGAGGAAAGGGAGAGAGACAGAAGGAAAGAGAGGAGAGGAAGGAGAGGAGGAGCAGGGCCUGAUGUGGGACCCAGAGGAAGGACCAAUGUGGGGGGACAUUGGAAAAGGGGAAGCAGGAGGAGAGGAAGAAGAGAGUGAGACCUGGACCGAGCUCAUCAGAGGAGGAGUGAACGGGAUUACGACAGAGAGAGACGGCUCCAUCUACCUCUUCAAAGGAGAUUCAUAUUGGAAGUUCCCCUACCCAGCUUCUGUCCCAGAGGUAGGAUACCCUCGAUCCCUGGCCACCGAUUGGUUGGACUGCCCUCACCCUUCCGCACCUGUCCUAGACGACUUCUCUCGCUCUCUUUCUCCCCCUACUGGACGACAGGAGCUCCGUGAGAGGGGGAAGGAGGAGAGGGGGAGAGAAGAGAGGGGGGGCCAGAGCGGCCAUGGCCUGGACAGAGACACAGACAGAGAGGGACUACAGCACUGGCCCUGCACUUGCCUGAAUGGAGCAAAAGUUAGCAGUGUGAGCAUGACUUCGUUCAUAUGUGCCCUGCUGUUGACUCUCCUCUCCCUGAUAACUGUGUGAUGUUAGGCUACGUCCCAAUACUCUCGACGGCGUCCUCCUCUCACCCCCUUCUAUCCCAUGGCUACGUCCCAAUACUCAACAAUGCCCCCCCCCCAUUCCCUCCAGGUUGUGGCUGCUGUUGUCAAUGGUGCUAGGUCCUUUCUCACCUUCCACUAUGACAAAGUUUGCCAUGCACCCUUACAAUCCAUUCCACAUGCCUACCCUUAGGGCUGUGGUAUAGGGGUUGGGCUAGGAGAAGCUAGGAAUUUGGGACACAACCAAGAAGUCCCUACACCCCAAAGGAGGAAUGUUUGUCCUGGACAUUUCAGAUGAAUUAUGAACAGUUAUCUGCUGCUGGUGUACCUCUUUGUCUGUCUGUGAAAUGUAUCCCAUAGCACCUUGUUGUACAGCCUACACUUGAUGAUUUCAGAACAUUUUAUCUGACCAAAUAAAAUAAAAACAACUC